AUGCAACGACAUAGCCAUCGCAUUCUCGCUAUCUUGACAUUGGCCGCCGUAGUUGUCGGCCAGGAGUGCUACUUUCCUGAUGGUUCCCGUGAUCUUGACGGGAUACCAUGCCCCAGGGUUGGUGACGAUAAUGCUGUCGCAUGCUGCGGUAGCUCCAGUCACUACUGUCUCACCAAUGGCCUCUGUUUAGAGCCAAAUGCGUGGACGAUGUACCGCAAUUCCUGUACAGAUAAGGAAUUCCGAGCCAGCGGGUGUCCAACAAUUUGCCGUGACAGUACUCGAGGGUCCCACAGCGGCGUCAAUUAUUGCUUCGAUGGCGCUAUCUGGACGUGCAAUGGCCGGAACGACUGUGCCAAAGGCAACUUUACGAUGCCGCGGCCAAAGGGCAGACUCUUGUUGAACACGGCUGUGGCCGUGGAUCUAGGUAUCGAGCCCACGUCCACGGGCGGCGGACCCAGCGGCACAGCGAUUCCCGUCUGCUCAAGUGCGGCAGAAUCUAGCGAUCGUAUCCCCGCUGGCGCAGCGGCAGGUAUCGGUGUUGGCAUCGGUGUACCGCUGACAAUCGCGGUCGCCGUACUCACAAUACUGCUGCUACGAGAGAAAAAGAGAACAAAAGCGGCGAACUUGGCACUGGAUACCAGUAGAUCGACGCCCACAGUCUCGGUUGCAUCUCCUGCAUAUGCCAAACUCGGAUAUUCGAGAAGGGAUGGGCAGCAAUCAACAACCCCCGAAUUACCUCCAGAACCAACCGUAAGGCACGAGCUACCACAAUAG